AUGAACUCGAGCAUUGAAUAUCUCAAAAAGUUUCGUGAGGUCUGGGACCUCGGUGAUGGUUGGCUCAAAACCAUUCAGAACGGCUCGUUGAUGUAUCAAAGAGCAACUUCGGACAUCCAGAAGUAUCGUGGCCGGUCUCGCUUCGACUUCAGCGUCCUGCAUCAAUCCGUACAUGAGUUUCGAGUUGUCGACAGGUCAGCACAGCAUUUAGAGGAGAUCAACAACGCUGAAAGAAGUGUGACCAGCACUGCAGAGGGAGAUGUCUUGACUGAGAAGCAGCAAAACAACAGCAGCAGUAUCAACGCCCAGGCAUUGCUAGACGCCACUGGUACCAUAGAUGACCAAGGGCUUUGGCCCAACUGGUGGUCUAUGCUAGAAGAUGUUGAUACUUCAGAGCUAUUCACAUUGACUUGA